GAGCAAACGGUGGUUGUGGACGAGCUAUCCAAUUUGAAGAAGGACAGAAAUGUAUAUGUCCAGCAGAGGAACAGCAACAUCUUGUUUUUGGCGGACAGAGGGCAGACGUUGAGUUCAUGCAAGAAGAAGCUGGACAGCCUGACCAAGGAGUUACAGGACAUGUGAAGCUGAGCAAUUGUGCAAGCAUGUGUGGCAUCUUCUGUCUUGUGAGUCCAGCAUCCUCUCCUUUCACAUGGGACAACGACAUCGAGGAACUUUUAAAAAGAAGAGGCCCCGACUCCAGCAAAGAUGCAAUUGUCUCGGGCUGCCAACGUCCUUAUCGGUGCUUGUUCUCGGCGCACGUUCUCCACAUGAGAGGUCUUCUCACAACUCAGCCGCUGCAGGACCCCGCCGGCAACAUCCUGGUCUGGAACGGGGAGGUCUUUGGCGGUUUACAACUCCUCCCAACUGAGAAUGACACCGCUGUUGUUCUGAAGCAUUUGUCCUCUUGUAGUAACCCGUGUGACAUUUUGUCAUUCCUAUGCACCGUUCGAGGUCCCUGGGGCUUUGUGUACUACCAAAAGAGUCAAGACUGCCUCUGGUUUGGGAGGGACUACUUUGGGAGAAGAAGUUUGCUGUGGAAGUAUGACCAAACACUGAAAGCCUUGACACUUAGCUCCGUGGCAGCCAGGCCUCGCCGUCAACCUGCCAUGUGCACUACCGCUCACUGUGAACCUGGUCACGAAUCUGGCCCGAGUGAAGCUUGCCCUUGUACCGGUCCUUGCAAAUUUGGAUCUUGUGCAUGGCAGGAGGUGCCUGCAGUGGGUGUGUACACAAUCAACCUGAAGUCAAUUGUAGAAUCCGGGUCACCGACCAUUGAGCUUCAUCCCUGGUCUCAGGUCGGAGAUCAUCUUGGUUCUGCCUGCCUGGAGACGACGACCCAGCCUUCUGGUCCGGGCGGGUGCAUCAUACUAAAGAACCCCCCCAGCUUGCUUAGAUCACCCGUUGCUCCUCUAAAUACCACAGUGGAUAAGGACCACGGAAACCCAGAGUCCACGGUGGAGGAUCCGGAGGAGCUUCUGGACCUUAUCGAAAAGGAUAAGGCGGUGAAAGGUCUGAUAGACGUUCUCAGCGAAGCUGUCAGGAGACGCGUCCAGUCUUUGCCCGACGAAUCGCAGGCCGGCGACCGUUCACGCAUUGCCGUCCUUUUCUCUGGCGGCAUCGACUCGAUGAUCCUGGCCGUCUUGGCUCACCGUCACGUGCCCCAUUGUCAAUCCGUAGACCUUCUUAACGUGGCUUUUCAACAGCACGAGGCUCGGAAAGACUCUGCCAGGGGACAAAAACCCAGUCGGAGUAAGUCGGAAACCCAAAAGCGCACCCCGAUGUUUGAUGUCCCGGACAGAAUCACUGGCAAAUCGGGCCUGAAGGAACUACAAGCCUUGGCUCCGCAGAGGCGCUGGAACUUUGUGGAAGUGGACGUAAGACGGGAGGAGCUGCAAGAAAUGCGGCGCACGCGCAUCGCUGACUUGGUGUAUCCGCUGGACACGGUCCUGGACGAUAGCAUCGGGUGCGCCGUGUGGUUCGCCGCCAGAGGGGAGGGCUUCCUGGCCCGGGACCACCACCGGACCGUCUUCAUGUCUUCGGCCAAGGUCAUUCUGACAGGAAUCGGCGCCGACGAGCAGCUGGCGGGUUACGCCAGACACAGAGUGCGCUUCAAGACCUCCGGACAGCAAGGACUGGUCCAAGAAAUCGCCAUGGAGCUCGGGAGGAUCUCGUCCAGGAACUUGGGAAGAGACGACAGAGUGAUUGCAGACCAUGGCAAAGAGGCUAGGUUUCCCUACUUGGACGAGAGCGUGGUGAGCUACCUCAACUCUCUGGCCAUGUGCGACAAGGCCGACCUGUCGCUCCCGAGGGGCGUCGGCGAGAAACUGCUGCUGAGGCUGGCCGCCCGCCGGCUGGGCCUCGGGCCCGCCGCCGUCCUUCCCAAGAGGGCCAUGCAGUUUGGCUCGCGCAUCGCCAAAAUGGAGAACGGCCGCGAGAAGGCGUCGGAGCGCUGCGGGAGGCUGCUGGACGGGCCCGCUGGAGGAGUGGCCCUUUGAGUCGCGUCUGUACGUCAAGGGAGUCAAUAAAAUGUGGAAAGAU